ACAAAGGCUUCUUGAGAGCCUAACAAACAACACGUUGUGAAUCUGAAAGUGUUCACUCAAUAUUUUUUUUAUCGUUUUUCAUUGCCUCGAACACGUUAGGCAUAUAUACAUAUACGUAUUGUUUGUGAUUCGAUUCACAUUUUAUUGCAUUAUCCAUUCUUGUGCAUAAAAUCUUGCGUUGUACCAUAUGUUUCUUUUAAUCACGCCUUUUCGAUUCGUUUAAGCUUCAACACAAAUUUGACGUUAUCAUUUUUCCAUUUAAAAUUCGACAAAUAGAAAAAAGUUACAAAUUAAACAUUAUCGCUUCGUUAAAAAAAAUUAAUAAAUAAGAAAAAAAACUUUUUUGGAGUCGUGACCAGGUUUUGUCAUAUACUCGGCAAUAUGAAUAGGUACAUAAUUUUGGUGAUAUUUCUGGCAUAUUUUGCAAAAGACUGUUGUUUAUGUAUUGAUGAUGCGACUGCAGCCGUAACGGCACCGCCAAAAGUGUUUGUUUCACCCGAAAAAUAUAGACUACCACGAAGCAUCUUUCCCGAAUUCUAUAAAUUGAACGUUUUUACGCACAUCAACGACGAGGAGGGCUUCAAGUUUUAUGGAGACGUUCGAAUUAAGGUAAAUGUGGUGGAAAAUGCAAACAAUAUAACAUUACAUGCAAAAAAUUUGAACAUAUCCAGCGAUGAUAUCGUGAUUCAACAAUUGAAUGCCAAAAAUGAGAGAGUGUCUAUCAAUAGAACGGAAUUCCAAGGCGAAUUCGAUUUCUUUGUGAUACACACAAAUGAAAUACUGGAAAAAGACGCACAAUACGAAUUAUUCAUCCCAUUUAAAAGCGAUUUAAGCAAAGGCUUGCUCGGAUUCUAUCGCAGCAGCUAUGUGGAUAAGCAAACAAAUGAAAAACGAUGGAUUGCUGUUACACAGUUCGAAGCUACAUAUGCAAGGCUUGGUUUUCCUUGUUUCGAUGAGCCCGAUAUGAAGGCAAAGUUCGAUAUUAGCUUAGGACAUCACAAAAACUAUACUGCAUUGAGUAAUAUGCCACAAAUCGCCUCGGAACCAAUUGCAAACAAAUCAGAUUGGGUGCUAGACAAAUUCGAUGUAACAGUGCCAAUGUCAACAUACCUUGUUGCGUACACAAUCAAUGACUUUGAAUUCAAGGAAUCGCCUGCAGACGGUGAUGUUAUAUUUAAAAUAUGGGCAAGACGUGAUGCGAUUUCUCAGGUGGAGUAUGCGAAAUUUGUUGGUCCAAAAGUGUUGAAAUUCUUUGAAAAAACAUUCAAAGUGAAAUAUCCAUUGCCAAAAAUGGAUAUGAUUGCAAUACCCGAUUUUUCCGCUGGCGCAAUGGAAAAUUGGGGCUUAAUAACAUACCGAGAAUCAGCACUGUUGUUCCAACCCAAUAUCUCAUCAUCGAGCAGUCAAAAUCACGUUGCAUCAGUAAUUGCUCAUGAAUUGGCUCAUCAAUGGUUUGGAAAUCUUGUAACAAUGCGUUGGUGGAUUGAUCUGUGGCUGAAUGAAGGCUUUGCCACAUAUGUAGCCAGUUUGGGUGUACAACAUUUGCAUCCCGAAUGGAAUGCAUUUCAAGAGGAGUCACUUGAAAAUACCGUAUCUGUAUUUGAAUUUGAUGCAAUGAAAUCUAGUCAUCCCGUCUCGGUGCCAAUUGCAAAUCCAAAUCAAAUCUCUUCAAUUUUCGAUCGAAUUUCAUAUGACAAAGGGUCAACAAUUAUUCGUAUGAUGCAUUUGUUCCUGGGCCAUGAAGUGUUCUUUGGUGGCAUUAGCAAUUACUUGAACAUGUAUCGCUAUAAUAAUGCCGAACAAGAUAAUUUAUGGGAGGCACUCACUCAAGAAGCACAUAAAAAUGAAGUUCUAGAAGCCCAUAUUACCGUUAAAGAAAUCAUGGACACAUGGACUCUUCAAACCGGUUAUCCAAUUGUUAAUGUUACAAGAAAUUAUGAAAAUAAUUCGGCGAUAGUUACGCAAUAUCGUUUUUUGAAAAAUCCAGCACAACCAAAGAAAUUAUCAGACAAUGAGAAUCCAUGCUGGUGGGUGCCAUUGAGUUACACAACCGAAGAAGAACUUGAUUUUAAUACAACGGAACCAAAAACAUGGCUUGAAUGUGAUAAAAAAAAUCAACCAAUUCACAAAGAACUUAUUGAUUUACCGGAAAAAGAGGAUUGGAUCAUUUUCAACAUUCAAAUAGCUGGUUUGUACAAGGUUCGCUAUGAUGAGCACAAUUGGAAUUUGUUGAUAAAACAACUAAGUGGCCCAGAAUAUGAGAAAAUUUCAACAUUAAAUCGUGCCGCUUUAAUCAAUGAUGCUUUGGAUUUGGCAUGGAACGGCGAUCAGGACUACAGUAUAGCAUUGAAAUUGAUCAACUACUUGAAACAAGAAAAGGAAUUUUUGCCGUGGAGAGCUGCUUUGUCAACCUUGAAUGAUAUCGCUCGCAUGCUUCGGCGCACAUCUCAAUAUGGUGCAUUUAAGGAAUAUGUUCAAAAAAUUGUGCAUCCAAUUUAUCAACGGUUGGGUGGGUUGAAUGCUGAUCGUAAGAAUGAUGAUCGAUUGGAUAUAGUAAAACAUAAGGUUUUGGUUUCAUCUUGGGCUUGUCGAUUUGACGUAGACGAUUGUAAAGAGAAAGCUAUAUCAUUAUUCGCCAGCUGGAUGAUGGUUGAAAAUCCGGAGAAAACUAAUCCAGUACCAUUGGACUUACGUUCGGUUGUUUACUGUACCGCUGUUCGAAAUGGUGGAGAUCGUGAAUGGUCAUUCCUGUGGGCUCGAUACUCAAAGAGCAAUGUUGGCACUGAGAAAACAUUAAUUUUGGCUGCAUUGGGUUGCUCACGUGAAACUUGGUUGUUGCAAAGAUACUUGGAUUGGACUUUGGACGAAUCGACCGGCGUUCGCAAACAAGACCGAACAACAGUUUUCAAGAAUGUCGCUCGCAACGAUGCAGGUCUAUUAUUGGCAAAGGCAUUCCUGUUCGAUAAUGUGGAUGUCAUCUACAAAAACCUACAACCUGAGACCGCCAAAUUAUCGUAUUACGUCGAUUAUAUUGCAAGAGGAAUGGUGCACAGUAAAGAGUACGCCGAAUUUGAGAAUUUCUUCAAGACCAAGUCGGACAUUUUCAGCAAAAUCUCACGAAAUGUUGAACAAUCAUUGGAGACAAUUCGAAAUAAUAAUCGUUGGCAAGAACAAAACUAUGAAAAAAUCGGUCGAUUACUCUCCGAAUAUUAGAAAUGCGAUAGAACUAACAAAAAAAUGAAUAAACCGUAUUAUUGCGGUAGUUUAUAUUUGAAACAAAAAAGAGAAAGGAAACAAAAACAUGCAUGUAAAAGUUUCUAUUUUUUGUCGUAGCGAAUCGAACAGCCAUUAUUUAUAAGACUUUUAUUUAACACUUUGGAUAUUUUUCAAUGUCAAUAAAAAAAAAACUAUUAUAUUCUUAA